CUACCUAUAGACAUUUCGGAAUGCAAUUUUUUUUUUUGAUCGUAUCAAUUCAGAAUCUGUAUAAAAAUAUAGGUUCUGCCUGACAGAAAAUUUCACUCUAUUUUUUUUAAAUAUGACAACUAGCGCACCCCUUUGACUAAUUUUCGCUAACGUUUCUUGCUUGUACGAAUUUCUAACAAAUUCGGUUUUCCCAAUGCGAGAGAAGUUCUCUGUUGCUCUUUCUAUAAAAAAAAAGUAUUUUUGACUAUCAGCUGUAGAUUAUGACCCGAAUGACAGCGAUAAAAGUUCCAAGGGGAACAACGAUGGCUGGACAAUCAACGUCGCAAUCACAAACAGAGACGAUACUGGAGGGGGAUGUGGCCGACAACGCAUCGCAGGAUGUUCCAACCGUCAGAUUACGUCUACGUAAACCGAGGUCGAGUAAAAAAGUUCAAUGGACCCAAGGGACGGUGGACAACGAGCAUAUGAACAAAAAGAAAUCAAAAUGUUGCUGUAUCUACGAAAAGCCGAAAAAUUUCGGCGAGAGUAGUUCGGACGACAGUGACGACGAGUGCAAGCAUUGUCAUGGUCACAAAGACGCCCACAAAAAAGUUUUGCGUAAGUAAAAAACGCAGAAUCCUCGAGAUAGCAUAUCACCGCAACCAGAACCACCUUUGGUGACCGAUUUGAAUUGAGGCAGUCUGAGCAUCCGAAGUCCAACGUCGUGAGAUCUUCCUCUUUUUCUAUAUAUAUGCAAAUCGUUCUCGCUCUUCACCUCUUUCUCUCUUUGUCUAUGAAGCGACGAAGAAAAAAGAUAAUCAAUGAUUCCUGCACGAGAUAAUCCUCGGCAACCAAGGUUUUUAUUAAUUAUGUAAGUUCUCAGUCUUCAAAGUACAAUCUUAUUUGUAAAUAUACUAUCUUCUUCCUCUUGUUCUCAUAAUAGAGUCGAACAGAAAAAAAGAAAUCCACAAACUGGAGUGUAGUUUAAAUAUCCCAUCAAGGCCCAAGAUUUUAGGGAGUCUUCAAAAGUUCUCUCCCUAAGGGUGAUCGAUCAUUAUUAUUCGUCGUUCAUUCAAUUUUAACUUGUAACGUUUUAAAAACUUUCAAGUUCAAAAACUCAUUACUAUUACCAUAUAUAAUGAAUGUAUAUACCUAAACAUACUGUAUGAAUAUAUACACAUAUGGAUUAUGCGGAGGGGCGCUGAAACACCUAAAUAUUGUGUAACAAUACCGUCAGAUACAGUAUCUAGAUUCGCUCGUAUUUAUGGUAAGGAUACACUUACUUUCAUUUUUCCGUCCAAACGAUAGAGAGAAGAAAAAAUGAAUGAUAAAAUCUCACAUGAUUCCUACUUUAUAAUUAUCUCACAGUAAAUAUGCAUAAAAGAUAGUUUUUAAUUUAGAAGUACGUUAUAGAAGCGUUCAUUCAUACGCGAGUGAUUUUUUCCCCUUCAUAUUGAAUUUUCCAAUGUGCUCAGAUAUCGGACGAAUGCUAUUUCCAAUUUUUGACGUGUGUUAUUAGUCGUUGAGAGGAACAUCAACAAACAAUUUUCUGUGGAAAUACUCGAGUACGUGUGGGUAUGUUCGUGUGUGUGUGUGUGUGUAUUUAGAUCGCGAGUGGCCGGCUCGCUCGCAUUCGUUGCCAUAAUUAUAAUAUAUUUACAAAAUAUCAUUUUCAAAAAAAAAGGAACAAUUAUUAAAAAUGGUAUGUAAAAAAUAUAAUCGUAGCCUUAAUAAGAAAAUGUCUUAUAAAGGAUUAACACUCAUUGCAUUACAUUAGCAAUUAUUGUUGAAUUGCGAUAUUUGCGUUGACGAAUAUUUGAGUAAAGUUGAAAUUUUAUUCUUCCUCUCA